UUGGUGAAGAAAAUGGCCUCCAAACCCGAUGGAAAAUCACCAAAAAAGACACCAAAAUCAAAAAGCCCGCGUAAAAAGGAUAACAAUAAUGGCAGCCCUUCACCAAGGGCUUCUCCUAGAACUAAAGGAACCUGCGAUGUAUCGAGAAGAGUAAGGGAUUUAUGUGCGACUUGGCACGAAAUGGUUCAAAAGUGGUCCACUACCAACAGUAUUGGUCUAAAUGUGGCUAAUAAUUUGAUGAAUUUACAGCUUCGACGACAAACCACUGAUGUUGACAGUUCAAAUUCAGUGGCUGUUUUGAGCGAUUCGAGUCCUUCUGAAUCUACGGAACUCGAAGAAAAUAUACUGAAAACCUUAGAAGAACUAUCCCAGAUAGUUACUAAAAUGUCGCAGAUCUGCAACAAGAUGGAAUCAAUAACCGAAAGUUUCAAAGCAAUACAAAAACUCGGAAAUCUCAAAGAAAUUGACGAUAAUAAAGAUGAAAUAGAAAUCUUUUUUAAUACUUGGUCUUUACAGCAGUAUUGUCAUUUCUCGCAAAAGCUACAUGCAAUAUACAGAAAAGAAAUGGACCUAAAAGAAAAACUAUUCCCCCAUUUCAUAAGGACAAAAGACAGAAAUCAGUUGAUGGUGUAUUUAUCGAUAUGGCUAAACGAACCCUUUUUGGACGAUGAUAAAGACGUUUUACUAGAAAGUAUGUUGAUAGAAACUGGUCUGCGUUAAAAAUUGACAGGACAUAAAAAGAAAAUAUAUCUUGAAGAGUUGUUGAUUAUU